CGACUUACCUUCCUAUCGCCUUGCUUUUCUCCGCUUCUUGUGCGUGGAGCGCUUGGGUUGCGGUUGACUUGGAGACUUCCUCCGGAGCGUCGUCGCUGUCGGAUGAACUUUCCGAUCCGUCUGAAUCUACCAUGUGUGCGUUUUCCGUCUCUUCAACUUCGGAUGUGUUUUCCUCCUCGAAUCCUGCGGUGCCUCCCAUAUUCUGGUCCUCGUCACGGUCCACGAUUGGCUUCGAGGAUGUCUCGUUCUUGUGUUCGCUCACUUGAGUGACCGAUCUGCGCCUUUUGCUCGAGCUCGACUGGACAGCAGCAUCCGCUCGCCGCUUGUUGGCUGCCAUGGUAGUGGGUGGUGUAGGAAUGAAACGGGUGGGGGACCGGUGGAGGGUGGCAAUCGAUCGUGCCUUUGAUUCCGAGGGUGCUGCAAAUAGUGAAGGGAUAAAUCUAAAACCGUGGCUCUAUGGAUUUAUAAACUUAAUUGAAGGAAAUAUCCGUACGGAUGAAUUCUUUCUGUGCUGGAAAUCUUCCAAGACAAAUGUUGCCCUCAGGGCAACUUAGUGGACGAUGGAAAAUAUUUUGGCUAGCCGAGGAUUUUCCGAAUGGCUUCACGACUGGGCAUCGAGCUGCCUGGUCAUACAAUGACAUCCGUACCUAUCCAUUGUCAGCUUUUGCUUCAAUCGGAAGCCAAACCUACACCACAUGCCGUCCAGUCCUCAUGCAGUCGCUACCAUGCACACGAAGCGGAUUCUCUUCCUCCGCGAAACAUCACGGCGGAUAUUGGAAAACAGCAAGAAGUACGCAUGCACGACGUGGUCCAGACCCAUCUCGGCGACCUCUCCCAGAGCUCGCAGAGAAGUUAGAGAUUUGGAUGCCCCAUCCCGACGAAUUCCAAAAAUUCGGCUUGCUUCAGGAGAAGCGCGAAACCGCCCGGAUACUUCAGACAAUCAUGGGCGCCAAAGAUCGAACUGCGAUCAACUUGGAGGAGCUCUGCCGGAAGGCGAGCGUCGAUAUCGAUAAAUUCGCGACGUUCGCCCAUUACUUGAAGUUUAAAGAUGGAGACGGGUCCGCUGGUUGGUCGGUGCAAGGGCGGCUGGGGCAGAAAGCGCUGCAAGCUGCCGCGGAUGUAGGAAAUCGGACGGCGGUACAUGCAUUCAUCCAUAUCGGGCUCCGAUCCCAUGAUAUUCAUAAUGAGGUGGUUAAGCCCUACAUCCCGAUUCUUAAGGGACUAGCGGAGGAUAACGUUGGUUCCAUGAUCCUUUAUGGCAAGGUAUUGGAAGAGCAAGGGGAUCUACCGGCAGCCGAAUCCGUGUUCAAGCAAGCAACCAAAGCGCUUCAAGGAUGGAUGAAGAAGAGAAAUUACAACAAAGAGGUGACGAAAGAGAUGAAGGCGGAGAAAGAUAUGGCGCGAAUGGGAGCCCAGUGGGUUUAUCACCGCCGCAUCUCAGCAUGGACGUCGCUGGCACUAGUCCAAUUCGACCUGGGAAAAACAGAGGAGGCGAAGAUCUCCCUCAAGCGCGGCGCAGAUGUGGACGGGGACCCGUACGCCUGCUACUUCUAUGCGAACCUGAUCGCGUCCAUCAAGGACGGAAAGUUUCUGCAGCCUGCCAAUGCGGAGUGGCACUAUUACAUGACCCGCGCGGCAAUGGCCGGGGACCCGCAAGCGGCGUAUGCUUUGGGGAUGUUCUAUUACGAGCACACGUCGGACACGGUGGCGGAUAAGGAGACCCAGAAGAUCUUAGAACUCCCUGCCACUGCCCUUAUUUCUUGGUGGCAGGUUGCUCUCAAAAAAUUGCGCUCUCGCCGGGGGAAAGAGCUUACCUUUGCUACUGUUGGGCAUCAGUCCGCUAGGAACCGAUUAUGUCGAAGUGUCGGAUUCUAUUGGCUCGAUGUCGCGGCGCAGUCGAAAUACUGGCCUGCCGUAGUGCGUUCCUUCGAGGUCUGUGAUGAGGAGCCCGAAAGGAUAGUCAGGCAGUUGCAGCUCCUAGUCGAUUCGGUGCAGCCCGAUGAACUCGCGAAGUUUCCGGAUGAAAUCCGUCAGGCGAAACUGAUGAUCAAAAACCUCAGUGCUAAUCCGACCCGAUAAGUCCGUUUUCCUAGAUUAACACAUCGAUCGAUGCAACAGCAGGGAAAGCGGCGCUGCGAAAUAGGACGGUCCGCAUACCAACCGAUGCACAAUAUCACUAAUGGCCGCCGAGUUCAAGACGUUGCAAUACUAUAGGAAUGUUUCAUCAUCCUUAUUUGCGAAUGUUGGGACCAGACCCCGUCUUUC